UCACUGCUGCAAUCAGCUGCACUUGUGACUGUCCAUCGCGGUGACCAGGCAGUGGCGAACAGACUGGCUACUGCGCCAAACAUCAGAGACCUGCCCAACGAGCUUUUGCUGUGGACUGUGUCGUAUUUGGACGGUAGUGCAUUAUUUGCCCUCGCGAAAUCAUGCAAAGACUUUGAUUUUAAACUGCAGCCCAGCAUCUGGAAAUACAACAUCAAAUUUCAGAACAGCAAUCUGUUGCACUUGGCCGUCAAAUACGACAACGUUGGUCUUGCGGAGGCUUUGCUCCAGCACAACGCCAACAUCAAUGCAUUUUACCGCGGCAAAGCUCCUUUCAUGAGGGCACUCAAAUACUCGUCCGCUGCUGUGCGGGACCUCUUGCUCAGUCGUGGAGACCUAGACAUCAACAUUCAAAAUCAAGCGCGGGAGAGCGCCCUGUGGUAUGCUAUCCACUACGGAACUUUUUCCACCGUCAAGCGCGUUCUAGAACAACCCAACGUCCAGGUGGACAUCAAGCACAAACACGGCCGAACGGCGCUCCACCUAGCAGCCUUCGCAGGCCGAAUAGGG